AUGGCGGCAAGGAGGGCGGAGGACGAGCCACCGCCCUUCACCCAUGAGGACAAUCGCCGCUUCCUCCAGAUGCUCCGCGACAAGAAGCAAAUGCUGGGAAUCGGCAGCCCCAAGGUGGAGGUACAGUUCCAGGACCUCACCGUGGAGACUCACGUGCGCAUCGGCCGCCGGGAGCUGCCGACGCUGCCCAACUGCGUCGUCAACGCCGCCCAGGAGUUGGCAUCACAUUCGCACAUGUGCACACCAAGGAAAAGAGCGGUCAAAAUUAUAAAUGGAGCAAGUGGAACAAUUCGACCAUCAAGGAUGACACUUCUACUGGGAGCACCUGGUUCCGGGAAAACAACCUUUUUAAAAGCAUUGGCAGGAAAGCUGGAUUUGUCUUUGAAGCGCAAAGGAAAGGUCAUGUACAAUGGAGAUGAAGUGAAUUCCUCAACACCACAACACAUGCAUGCUUACAUUAGCCAGUAUGAUCUUCACCAUGCUGAGAUGACCGUCAGAGAGACGAUUGAUUUUGCAUCCAAUAUGUUGGGAACCGAUAACGAAUUCGAGAUAAUCGGAGAAGCAGCAAGAGGAAAAAAGGAUGUCGUAAAUGAAGUGGACAAAAAUCUUGACUCAUUUUUUAAGGCCACCACAUUUGGAGAAGGAAGAAACCUUACAAGAAACUACAUUAUAAAGAUACUUGGUUUGUCAGAGUGCACAGAUACUCUAGUGGGGGAUGAAAUGAGGAGAGGCAUAUCUGGAGGCCAAAAGAAAAGAUUGACAAUCGGAGAAAUGCUAGUUGGUCUAGCGAAAUGCUUCUUUAUGGAUGAUAUUUCAACUGGUCUUGAUAGCUCCACGACGUAUGAGAUCAUAAAAGUUAUACAACAAAUGGCUCAUUUACUAGAUCUCACAGUGGUUAUUUCCUUGCUUCAACCUCCUCCUGAGACAUUGGAAUUAUUUGAUGACAUAGUUCUUUUAUGUGAGGGCCAAAUUGUAUACCUAGGUCCUCGAGAAAAUGCUACCGAUUUCUUUGAGAUUAUGGGAUUCAAAUGCCCUUACAGGAAGAAUAUAGCUGAUUUCCUUCAAGAGGUGACCUCUAAGAUGGACCAAAAGCAAUAUUGGAUUGGUGACCAACAUAGGUAUCACUACCAUUCAAUUGAAAAUUUUGCAGAAUCCUUCCGUUCAUCCUAUCUACCUCGACUUGUACAAGACAAACUUUUAGUGCCAAAUAGUAGUAGAGUAAAGAGUGCGGAGGUAAAAACUAGAUUAGGUAUGUCCAGAUGGAAUAUCUUCAAGGCAUGUUUUUCAAGGGAAGUACUACUUCUGAAAAGAAACUCCCCAAUACAUAUAUUCACAACCGUACAAAUAACUAUCCUUGCUUUGGUGAUAUCGACUAUUUUCCUUCGGACAAAUAUGAACCACAAAUCUGUACUUGAUGCCAACAAGUAUGUCGGAGCUCUCUUUAUUGCUGUCAUGCUAGUAAAUUUCAAUGGCAUGAUUGAAAUUGCAAUGACAAUAAAGAGACUUCCCACUUUCUACAAACAAAGAGAGUUAUUAGCAUUGCCAGGAUGGGCACUCCUUACUCCAAAUUUCCUUCUUAGUAUCCCAAUAUCACUUAUGCAGACAGGUCUUUGGACUAGCUUAACCUAUUAUAUGAUUAGCUAUGCACCUUCCUUUAUCAGAUUCAUGAAGCACUUUUUGGUACUUUUUUCCAUGCAUCAAACAUCAAUGGGCAUGUGUCGUUUGUUAGUAGCAAUGGCAAGGACGCUAGUAAUGGCCAACGUGCUAGCAACCACAACACUUAUAGCAAUCUUUAUAUUUGGAGGCAUCGUCAUUUCAAAAGAUGAUCUCAAACAAUGGUUACAAUGGGGAUAUUGGACAUCACCAUUCACCUAUGCGCAAAAUGCAAUCUCCUUAAAUGAGUUCCUUGGUGAACGAUGGGCUACAGAAUUUCAUUAUGAAAAUGCUAAUACGAUUGGUGAAGCUAUCCUCAAGAUCAGGGGUUUUCUCACGGAGUCGCACUGGUAUUGGAUUUGUGUCGGCAUUUUAUUUGGAUUUGCGCUCGUCUUCAAUGUACUCAGUAUAUUUGCCCUGGAGUUCUUGAACUCGCCACAUAAACGUAAUGUUCACACUGAUGCCACGGACACAAUGAUGGAGUGUGAAAACAAAAUAGUUGAAACUCAAGAUGCAUCAAUUCUACAAGGCGUCCUUCCAUUUCAGCCUCUUCCCUUUGCAUUCAAUGCUAUCAAUUAUUCCGUCAAUAUGCCUAAGAGAUGA